AUGGAGAAUAGGUUUCUAGAUUACCCUCUUUACGAUUAUGCAGCAAGGAAUUGGGGCUACCAUGCCAAAAGGCAGUCGCUUGGUCCGCCAAAUUAUUGCCUCAAAUUGUUAGAGAAUGACCAGAAAGCUGCCACGUGUGCCCAAGUCCGAGAUAUAACCAGUAACACACGAAGCGCCGGUCUUCAUAUGGCUGCUUGGUUUGGCCUUGAAUCUGAAGUAGAGGCUCUCCUGAAAAGGAAUCAUCAGCCUGAUGUUACCGAUUUGUGGAAUAAGACAUCCCUAUUUAUCGCCGUCCGCGAAGGCCACGAAGCGAUCGUGAGGACCUUGCUCCGCCACGGUGCCAAUCCUCAGUUCCAAGACCUCACCGGGAGGACUCCGCUAUCACUUGCAGCAGAGCUUGGUCGUGGAUCUCUGAUCAAUCUAUUCCUCAAACUAGGUUUGGAUCCAGAUGUCGCUGAUGAAUAUGGCUGGAACCCACUGUUUUAUGCUGCCAACUGUGGGCACAUGGAAGCUGUGAAACUUUUGCUGGAUGCCCAAGCAGAUGUUGAAAAGAAAGAUCGGUAUAAUGGCAUGACUGCCUUAUCAUGGGCAGCCUGGGAGGGUCACUUGCCUAUAGUCCGGUUUCUACUCGACAAAGGUGUACGACCCGAUCCCACAACCCCACAAGAAGAGCUACUGCAUUGGGCAGCCAAGUAUCGCUUUACCUCGCUCAUCAAAAUACUCCUGGAAGAGGGUGCUGAUAUAAAUAAGAGGGACUCGCAAAGUGGCUGGACCCCACUUUCACAUGCAGUGAUGCACCAACACAAUGAAUUAGCUGCUCUGCUGGUUGAGAGAGGAGCAAAUUUAGAAUACAGAGAUAAAUUUAGCCGAACUCCCUUUUUUCACGCUCUUGAGAGGAUCAAUCCUACUCACAGGAGAAAACUCAGUUCUCCCUAUGGGUUAUGUCGUCUUGAUCCCCUUACCUGGACGGAUGAAAAUAUUUCUCAACUACUACUCAAAAAAGAUCCUAAUCUUCUCCACUGCCGAGAUGACUUCAGCCACAGCCCUAUUCUACUCGCCACCAAGAAUCGGCGUGAUGCAAUUCUCCAAAUAAUAGAGAAUAGACAGAAAUAUUCAGAAAUUAUUUCUACAGAAAUAGAAAUUAUUCUGCGCACCAUUCAUGCCCUAAGAUAUGACGUGUCAAAAUAUAAAGACAAGUUCCUAUUACUAUAG